UUAAAAAAAUAGUAACUUGUCGUUGUCUAGUCACUUGAUGUCUUCUAAAAAUCUAUUUAGUCUGUGACGGUUUGUGUUAUGAGAAAAGUAGAAAAUAUUUAAGAUGCAACCACAGAUUCUAGUACUGAAGGAGGGGACGGACCAGUCGCAGGGCAAGCCUCAGCUUAUCUCAAAUAUCAAUGCCUGCCAGCUGGUUGUUGAUGCGGUGCGCACUACCCUGGGCCCCCGGGGUAUGGACAAGUUGAUUGUAGACCACAAUGGAAAAGCUGUAAUAUCCAAUGAUGGGGCCACUAUUAUGAAGUUACUGGAUAUAGUGCACCCCGCAGCCAAAACCCUCGUAGACAUCGCCAAGUCUCAAGACGCUGAGGUUGGUGACGGCACCACAUCUGUUGUGAUCCUCGCCGGAGAGCUGCUGAAGAGGUUGAAACCUUUUGUUGAAGAUGGCGUGCAUCCUCGCAUCAUCAUCAAGGCGCUGCGCACGGCGGCACGACUCGCUAUUGAGAGGGUCAAGGAGUUGGCUGUGAAGGUGGAAUGCCAGUCACCUGAAGAACAAAGGGAACUGCUUCGUAAGUGCGCGUCGACAGCGAUGUCUUCCAAGCUGAUCCAUCAGCAGAAGGACCACUUCUCCAAGAUCGUGGUGGAUGCUGUACUGGCGCUGGACGCGCCGCUGCUGCCUCUAGACAUGAUUGGCAUCAAGAAGGUAUCAGGUGGUGGAAUAAAACAUGGUCCUGAGGGAUGUCCGGCUGCGAAGGCGUGCACGAUGGUGCUGCGAGGAGGUGCAGACCAGUUCCUGGAGGAGACGGAGCGCUCGCUGCACGACGCCAUCAUGAUUGUGCGCAGAACUAUCAAGAAUGAUGCCGUUGUCGCGGGUGGUGGUGCAAUCGACAUAGAGAUAUCUAAACACCUCCGCGAGUACUCUAAAGGCGUGGCCGGCAAGGAGCAGCUGCUGGUGGCGGCGGCCGCGCGCGCUUUCGAAGCGAUACCGCGACAGCUUGCAGACAACGCUGGGCUCGACGCUACUGGACUGCUUAACAAGCUGCGCCAGCGGCAUCACGCCGGUGACGUGUGGUACGGCAUCGACAUCCAGAAGGAGGACAUCGCUGACAACUACGUGAACUGCGUCUGGGAGCCCGCGGUUGUCAAGAUCAAUGCCAUCACCGCCGCCUGCGAGGCUGCCACACAGAUACUGUCUAUAGAUGAGACGAUUAAAAACGUGAAGAGUGAGGCUCCGCCGCAGAUGCCCGGCCGCGGAAUGGGCCGCCCCAUGAUGGGCUAACACACCUCACACACCUCACACACCUCACACAGUAUUCAUACAAACAAGACACAAUUAACAUGAAUAAGCCAGUGAUUUUAUAUUUUGAAUUAUAUUCCUAGUUUUGUGCUUUUCCAUUUAAAUUCAUACAAAAUGUAUGACUAAAUUUUCAUGUCCUCCACUAACAAUUUUCUUUGUGCUUUCACAUUGUUCGAUUUUAUAAACAGAAUGUUUACAAUUGUGCAAUGUUAUUGUACAAUGUGCCAAUUAGUGCGCUAGGUUGAACGCCGGCUGGUUUUACAAGAAAGUUAUGUUUGACUUCUUCAGCUUUUACAUUAGCGAGUAAGUUGCUUAGAUAUUGUAAUAAAUUAUAAUGUACUAAA